CAGAGGAAACAGAACCAAAGAAAAAAAAAAAAACUCAAAAUCUCUGAUUCAUGAAUCAUCGAAGAUUCUGAUUCUAUGGAGGCAUUGAACGAGCUUUGCGACAUCAUAGAGCAGAAUCCGAAGCAAUUUUUGGAUAAGCUUCCUUGGAUAUGCCAACAAUGUCCACAACCCAAGCAGCUUCGUGCCGAAUCGCCCAGGGUUUCUCAGAGUCAUCUCAACGCGGUCUUAUCCGUCACUCGAAUCCUCUCCAGGAACCUCGACACAUCCCAAAACGACGCCAAAUUCGUCGUUUUAGAUUUCCUCCAAGUUCUGCGUUCGUCGUUUCGCCGUUCGUUCUGGCCGUAUUCGUACACGUUAGAGUCGAUUUCGGCGUUCUAUUUCAGUUUCUUAGGUUACGUUUCGUGUCUUUCACCUGAAUUUGGUACUAUCGUUGUGGAGCUUGUCAUGAUGAGUUGCUGUGGUGAGACUGAGAGUGACGACAGAGAUCAAUCGAUCUCUAUGGCUUUCUUGGUUGCUGUGUCUCAGCAUUUUCCCACUAUUCAGCAGUCUGAUGGAGAUAAAUUGGUUACAUUGCUGCUCCAUCAGUUUGCUGCUGAUGAGCUGAGUAUCGGAUACAGUAAAGAUGUGUUUUUACAUAAAGUGGCUUCUUUUGAGGAUGAAUCCAUUGAGUGUUUGGAGAAGCAAGAGAUUGCUUUCAAAUUGGUAACCAAUGUUUUGUGUCAAGUGAAACUUGAUUCUAGACUAUACCUUCAGGUUAGAGCCAUUGCUAAUAGGCAACUCCAAUCAAUGUCUGCGUUUCUCAAGUCAAGAAGGCAGGACUGGAACACACAAGACCCACUUCUGAAAACUAGUGUCAAUGCCAAACUGUUUGUGUAUCAGGCCGCAGCUCAAAUGGAAAUCGGUAGCCUUAUGUCCCUUGAAACAGAUGGAAAGAAAAGAUUGAUCAUGGAAUCUCUUACAUUGCUAAUAGAUACUGCAGAGGCCUGCUUCACAUCCCUGUGGCGGAAUAUGAAAGCCUGCAAAGAUUUGUUCAUCUCUAUGCUUUCUGGGACUGCAAAAAUUGCAGCGGCAGAGGCAGGACAGCCACUUCGUCUUUUCCUUACCCGACUUAAACCACUGAUACUAGCUGUCUGCGCUCAGCCUGAUACUAGGGUGAGCAGUCAGGGGAAUAUGUUUGAGAGCGUAUUUAGAAUAAGUUGUGAGAUAAUUGAAUCUGGUUGGGCUAAGGAUCAAGCUUCAGUGAACGCCUUCAUCGUGGGGUUAGCUUCCAGUAUUCGUGAAAGAUAUGAUUAUGAAGAGAAGGAUGAUAGAGAGAAGCAAGUUCCUGAUGUCCUGGUGAAUGUAAUACAGCUGCUUGCUGAUAUCAGCGUUGCUGUUCAAAAUCCUGAAGUAGCAGACAUAAUUUUCCAAUUUUUUAUUGAAAGCCUAGAAGAGUGUGAUGUUUCAACUCCUCGCUCUUUGCGACUCCAACUUCUCGAAGCUGUAUCUCGGAUAGCAUCAUUAGGAUUUGAUAAGUCCUACCGUCAGACUGUAGUUCUGAUGAGUAGAAGUUACUUGAGCCAAAUAUCGAGGCUUGAAUCCGUGGAAAGCAACACAUCAGCCCCAAAAUCCAGAUCUGAACAUAUUGAGACUCUUCCUGCAGGUUUUCUCACAAUUGCUUGUGGUCUUAUGAAGACAAAACUGCGUGCAGACUAUCGCCAUCGGCUGCUUUCCUUAUGUUCAGAUGUAGGCCUUGCUUCUGAGUCCAAAAGUGGAGGGAGCGGUGCAGAAUUUUUAGGUCCCCUUCUUCCUGCUGUUGCAGAAAUAUGUUCGGAUUUCGAUCCCACCUCAAAUGUGGAACCAUCACUUAUAAAAUUGUUUCGCAAUUUAUGGUUCUAUAUAGCUCUUUUUGGCUUAGCACCUCCUAUUCUGGACACUCCCCUUCCGGAAGUAAAAACAACCUCCAAUUCAGUGAAUAGUGCAGGACGAAUUAGCACAUUCUCUCUACGAGCUGUACUAGGGCCUUACAUGUGGAAUACUCAGUGGGCUCUUGCUGUUAAGAGGAUUUCUCUGGGCACUCCUCCCCUUGUCGUCAGUUCUGCAAAAUGGCUCGAAGACGAAUUAGAGCUCAAUUUGCUUCAUAAUUCUGAUAGCUUGCGAGGAACUGGGAAUAAGAAAGUAGCUUCAACUCAGAGAACUGCUCUUUCAAUUGCCGUGGGUGGUCGAAUUGACGUGUCAACAAUUCUCACCAUCUCAGGUGUGAAGGCCACCUAUCUUCUUGCAGUAGCUCUCUUGGAGGUCAUACGUUUUAUUAGCAACGGGGGUAUCCUUAAUGGUGGCUCAAGUGUGUCUGCUUCUCGGAGUGCCUUCAGUUGCGUCUUUGAAUACCUUAAAUCUCGGAACCUCAAUUCUGCUGUUUCCGAGUGUUUGACAGCAAUUGUGCAUAGAGCCUUUGAAGUAGCAGUGUCAUGGCUGGAAGAUCAUAAAUCUCGCACUGGGUAUGAUGCUAGUAUAAUAGAAUCCACGGCAGAAGCUCAUGCAUGUUUCCUCAUAAAGAGCAUGUCACAGAGAGAUGAACACAUACGAGAUAUCUCAGUGAACCUGUUGAGUCAGAUCAGGGAAAAGUUUCCCCAGGUCCUCUGGAGUUCUUCUUGUCUUGAUAGUUUGCUAUUCUCUGUUCAUGACAAAACACCUUCAACGGUCGUCAAUGAUCCUGCUUGGACUGCUGCCGUUCGAUCAUUAUACCAGAAAGUUGUUCGAGAAUGGAUCAUAAUAUCACUUUCAUAUGCUCCAUGCACUAGUCAGGGUUUACUUCAGGAUAAGCUGUGCAAGGCAAACACAUUGCCGCUAACGCAAACUACAACUAAUGUGAUUUCUCUUCUAGCUGAGAUAAAGAUUGGAACUGGGAAAAAUGAAAUUUGGUCUGGGAUAAGAACAGCAAAUAUUCCAGCUGUGAUGGCUGCAGCAGCUGCAGCGUCAGGGGCAAAUUUAAAAACUUCUGGCGCCUUCAACCUUGAGGUACUCAGUACUAGCGUAGUUAGUGCAACAGUAAAGUGCAACCAUACCGGACAAAUCGCUGGCAUGCUAAGGUUGGAAAACAGUGUUGGUGGAUUUUCAAUCAAUGAAAUUACUAGCGUAGUUAGUGCAACAGUAAAGUGCAACCAUACCGGACAAAUCGCUGGCAUGCUAAGGUUGGAAAACAGUGUUGGUGGAUUUUCAAUCAAUGAAAUGUUGAUUUCCAAUUCUGUGCGUCUCCUUCAACAAUUUGUUAGUACUGCUGAGAAAGGAGGAGAGGUCGACAAGUCACAAUUUCGAGAAACUUGUUCUCAAGCUACUGCACUACUUCUGUUAAAUCUGCAAGCUGAUGAGCCAAAAACAACCAUCAAAGGCUUCUCUCAAUUACUGCGUCUCCUUUGUUGGUGUCCAGCUUAUAUGUUAACUCCAGAUGCUAUGGAAACUGGAGUAUUCAUAUGGACCUGGUUGGUUUCCGCUGCUCCACAACUAGGAUCGCUUGUCCUUGCCGAGCUUGUUGAUGCAUGGAUAUGGACAAUUGAUUCAAAACGAGGACUCUUUGCAUCUGAUGUGCGUUAUUAUGGUCCAGCUGCAAAAUUAAGGCCCCAACUUUGCCCUGGAGAACCAGAAAAUCCACCUGAAAGUGAUCCUGUUGAUCAAAUACUCGCUCACAGAUUAUGGCUUGGAUUUUUGAUAGAUCGUUUUGAGGUUGUUCGACAUAGUAAUGGAGAGCAACUCUUGCUACUUGGUCGGUUGUUACAACGGAGUACGAAUCUUGACUGGUGUUUUACCCGCCACCCGGCAGCAGCUGGUACCUUUUUUUCCUUGAUGCUCCUUGGACUGAGGUUCUCCUCAUGCCAAAGACAAGGAAAUAUGCAGAAAAUUCGACAUGAACUCCAGCUAUCGGAAGAUCGAAUUUACAGGACUUCUUUAGGCUGGUUUGCUCGUCUGCCAGAGUGGUAUGAUGUAAACAUUGCAAAUUUUUGUGAGAGCGAGGCUCUUUCGGUUUCACGUUUUCUUCAUUUUUUGCAAAACAAACAAUCAGAUUCCACUGAAUCUGGUUCCAAAGCAAUAGCUCGUGGCAAUGGGAACUUAAUUGAUGUGAUCGAUCAUUAUCAUCCUGUCUGGGGUGAAAUGGACAACUCUGCAGUGGGAAAGGAAAAGAGGAAACAACUGCUUCUGAUUCUUUGCCAGCAUGAAUCUGAUAGGCUUGACGUUUGGGCACAACCAAUUAGUCCAAAGGACAGUCCAUUUUCACGGCUGAAAAUUAGCUCUGAGAAAUGGACGGAAUAUGCUAAAACUGCUUUUUCAGUGGAUCCCCGGAUUGCUAUAUCAUUAGCCUCAAGAUUUCCGGCAAAUAUUGCUUUGAAAUCUCAAGUCAUUCAGCUAGUUCAGGCUCAUUUAGUAGAUCUUCGUACAAUUCCUGAGGCGUUGCCAUAUUUUGUCACUCCUAAAACUGCUGAAGAGAACCCAGUCCUGUUGCACCAGCUGCCACACUGGGCUGCUUGUUCAAUUACACAGGUGCUUGAGUUCCUCACUCCUGCUUAUAAGGGACAUCCACGUGUCAUGGCGUAUGUCCUGAGAGUUUUAGAGUUCUACCCCCCUGAGAGAGUCACUUUCUUCAUGCCACAACUAGUGCAGUCUCUGCGCUAUGAUGAAGAGAGACUGGUUGAAGGGUAUCUUCUUAGAGCUGCCCAAAAAAGUGACAUAUUUGCUCAUAUCCUCAUUUGGCAUUUACAGAGUGAGUCUGUUCAGGAAAUAGUGAAGGAUGGUGCUUUCGAUAAGAAUGCAUCAUUCCAAGCAAUCUUGUCUGAGGUACGACAGCAUAUAGUGGAUGGUUUCACUCCCAAGGCCUUGGACUUGUUCAGAAGAGAGUUUGACUUCUUUGAAAAGGUCACAUCUAUUUCUGGGGCAUUGUUUCCUCUUCCAAAGGAAAAACGAAGAGCUGGAAUCAGGAGGGAAUUGAGAAAAAUCAAAAUGCAGGGAGAAGAGCUUUAUUUGCCAACUGCUCCUAACAAACUCGUCAGGGGUAUUCAGGUAGACAGUGGAAUACCCCUACAAUCAGCUGCUAAAGUCCCUAUCAUGAUAACCUUCAACGUUGUUGAUCGUGAUGGUGACCAUAAUGAUGUGAAACCACAAGCUUGUAUUUUCAAGGUUGGAGAUGAUUGUCGUCAAGAUGUUCUUGCCCUUCAAGUGAUAUCUCUUCUUAGAGACAUAUUUCAAGCUGCUGGUCUUAAUCUUUAUCUUUUUCCAUAUGGAGUACUCCCUACUGGUGCAGAGAGGGGUAUAAUUGAGGUUGUGCCUAAUACACGAAGCAGAAGUCAAAUGGGUGAAACAACGGACGGGGGUUUGUAUGAGGUUUUUCAACAAAACUAUGGACCUGUUGGAUCGACCACCUUUGAAACAGCACGAGAGAACUUCCUCAUAAGCAGUGCCGGUUAUGCUGUUGCUAGUCUUUUACUCCAGCCCAAAGAUAGACACAACGGAAAUCUUCUUUUUGACGACGUGGGAAAACUUGUCCACAUCGACUUUGGUUUUAUUUUGGAAACUUCACCUGGUGGAAACAUGCGGUUCGAGAGUGCUCAUUUUAAAUUGAGCCACGAAAUGACUCAGUUGCUAGAUCCCUCAGGUGUAAUGAAAAGCAAAACAUGGCACCAGUUUGUGAGCUUGUGCGUCAAGGGAUACUUAGCUGCUCGGCGGCACAUGGACGGAAUCAUCAGCACGGUGCAAAUGAUGCUACACAGUGGAUUGCCUUGCUUUAGCAUAGGAGACCCGAUUGGUAAUCUUAGGAAAAGAUUUCACCCAGAAAUGAGCGAACGUGAAGCUGCACAGUUCAUGAUUCAUGUAUGCUCCGAUGCAUAUAACAAGUGGAGUACUGCUGGAUACGACUUGAUUCAGUAUUUGCAACAAGGAGUCGAGAAGUAAACGAAUUUUUUUGUUACAGUAAACCAAAGUAGACUCAAAAGGAGAAGGUCUUUAUUUUAAUUCAA